CGCUCAGGGGCGGGACAUGAGCUGUGUGCGGGAACAACCAAUGGUGCGGGGAGAACACAGCUUCGAGUUAGCUAAAAAUGGAGUAUGAUUGCUCCAGCUCGACUUAUUAGAGAUUUUCUGAAGACCUGAAUGCAAAGAACGAAAAUGAUAAACUGGCGGGCUUUAGACAACGUUCCCUUGCUGUUCUACAUUCUGGCAGCCAAGACUCUUCUCUUGUGUCUUGCUUUUGCUGGAGCUAAACUGUAUCAGCAGAAGAAGGCCCAAGCAGCACUGAAACAGCAGUUGGAGAUGAAGAGAAAACUUGCACAGGAAACACAAGAACUUAUUGACAACAAGAAGGAUGACUGAACAUCUUGGUGUGCUAGAGAAAGCAGGAUAAACAAAAGAUGUACUGCCACACCCUCACACAGAAGUAUUGGUGCCAUUGACAAAUCUGCUGACUCGGCUACAGGUGGAGCUGUUUCCUUUGUUUACCUGGAGCUAAUCAAUGUUGCCUGCUACCUUUUUAUUCUACACUCUUAUUUAUUACUCUGUGAAGCCUGUUUAUAAGUAAUAAAAUAAAUAAAUGGAUAACUUAGGACCAUUUUACAUACUUUGUUUGCUUAAAAGUCUGAAAUGAAAUGCAGUCUUAGAUGUUUAAUGUUCAUGUAAAUAAAUGAAUAGUAAUGGUUUCCAACAUUUUGAGGAAGGGAUACAUCCACUGGAGUUAAAGUAAUACAAAGCAAUAAAUACUGCUCACUCUGCUCAAAUAAAGUUUUCCAUUUACAUA